UCCUAACUGGGGUGCUUUUAUUUUGAAACGCCGUAUCGUUUGAGCGCCUCUUCGCCGGUGCGAACAGACAGGCUGAGAGGCAUUACCGGGGGCUGGUUCGACCUGGGCUGCAUUAAAGCUGGAGCUGCCGCAGCUGCACACACACACACAUCAGAGGCUUCUCCCUCUCUCCCACACUGCAGCUCUCAUCGACGGCAGGUCUACUGGAUGGUGGAGCCAUUUCUUCGUGCAGGGUUUUUUUUUACACACAGCGGGAACAUAACACGGACAUACUCCGGAUUUUACCCGUCUAAGAUACGUCGAGCCGUGUCGAGAUGAUGCACUGAGGAGAAACCAGCACAGGCUCCCCGGUUGUGUUCAUCCUGAGGCUGCAGUGAACGGAGGGGGGAUUGCGGUACAACAAGGUUAAUAAUCAGCGUCAAUAAAGGUCGUCUGUGCGAGCGGGAACCUACUCGAAAGGGAGAAUCUCGCCCCUGUGCGGGGGGAUCGGCGGAGAAAUAUUGAUCUGUAAAAAAUUAUGGCCACCCUACUGCGGAAGAUCGGUCUUAUCCGUCUGCACGACCGAGACACCGAGGACCCGAAGCACCACCAGGGCUCGUUAAAGGGCACCAAAGGGAACCAGAAAAACAACGCCAACAAGCACUGUCAGACCGCCAACGAGACCAACAUCCUGAGCACCCCGGAGAUUAAGGCGAGGAAGCUGGACCAGCACGGCAAGGACAAGCCGACCGGCAAGGAUAAGCAGGGCAAGGAUGCGAAGGAGAAGCAGCAGACGGGAGGAGGCGGGAGUAAAGCGACCAGUGCCUCAUCGAUAGCACCGCUGGCGCCUCACCGGCAACACUGCACCCAGGUCCGGACGCGGAGGCUGAUGAAGGAGCUACAGGAGAUCAGGAGGUUAGGGGACAACUUCAUCACGGUGGAGCUGGUGGAGGACAACCUGUAUGACUGGAACGUCAAGCUGCACCAGGUGGACAAGGACUCGGCGCUGUGGCAGGACAUGAAGGAGACCUGCACCGAGUUCAUACUGCUCAACGUCACCUUUCCCGACAAUUUCCCCUUCUCGCCGCCGUUCAUGCGGGUCCUGACGCCCCGGUUGGAGAACGGCUACGUGCUGGACGGCGGGGCCAUAUGCAUGGAGCUGUUGACCCCCCGCGGAUGGUCCAGCGCCUAUACGGUGGAGGCGGUCAUGAGGCAGUUCGCGGCCAGCCUCGUAAAAGGACAGGGACGUAUAUGUAGGAAAGCAGGGAAGUCCAAGAAAGCGUUCAGCCGUAAGGAAGCCGAGGCCACCUUCAAGUCCCUGGUGAAGACCCACGAGAAGUACGGCUGGGUGUCCCCGCCCGUGUCCGACGGCUGAGCGCCCGCCCGCCAACCCCCUGACUCCCGCGCUAGCCGGAUAAACCCAGCUAGCCCCGACACGCAAAACGACACACCACGCUAACUCAACAAUCUCUCAUCUUUACCUUUUGCUGUUUUCACUCAAGAGUUUCUUUUUCGGUUUUGUGUGUCUGUGUUGUUCUUUUUUGAAUUUUUCUCCUCCUCCAUCUCCACCAAAACUCUUGGAGAGCAGACGCACCGUCAUCAUCGUCACCCCCCCCUCCCCCCCCGGUCCACCAAGAGGAGACUUUCGUUCCCCCUCCCUCUCACCCAGGGAGAUUCUUUCCCCCACUUUGGAAAGGCCUGAGAGGGAGUUGUGUCUGUGUGUGUGUGUGUGUGUGUGUGUGUGUAUGUGUUUGUAUGUUUGUCACUGCAUCGGACAUCAGCCAGGAGUGUGUGCACGUGCAUCAGAGUGUGCGUUACUGUUGGUGCAUUUCUCUUUUUGUUCUUUUUUUUUUUUUCCAACACACACCCAUGCACGUGCAGUCGGACAAAUCGAACAGUGUGGACUUUUCCACCCAUGUGAAAGACUACUAAAUGAAGGAGACCCCCCCGCCCCCUUCUCACCAUCCCAUCCUCUCCUCUCUUUCCAUCGCUCCCCUCUUCUCUUUAGCAAUGAACUGGCAUUACUUCCCACCAUCUCUCUCUGUAGCUGUCGGGUCAUUUACAUGUAAAUGAAGCUGUUAAUGUUUAAUAGACGGGCAGCGCACUGGCGUUUAUACUCACUCAUUCACUCCUCCAUUUCCCCUUUCUUUCGACUGUGCCGUUGCUCACAGUUCAAUGCAACAUGAAGAUUGUAAUUUACAUGGAGCUGUGCUCUCUCUCUCUCUUUCUCUGUCUCUUUCUUUGGCUCGCUCGUUCACUUUGUUUCUCUUUCUUUCUCUCCGUCUCUUGUGGCUAAAUUUAGAGCUCACUGUUGCGUAGAUGGAUAUUGAUUUCUAAUGGAGAAAAAAAAAAAACUGUCACACGUUGCUUUAUGCAGAGACUAUGUAUGAUAAGUAGAAUGACAGUCAAUCACCUCUUUCUUUCUCUCUCUCUACUUUCAUGUUAUCGUGUGUGUGUGUGUGUGUGUGUGUGUGUGUAGGAGAGGAAGAAGACUGUAAUUCCCAUGAUUUAGAUACCAGAUGGUACAGCUGAAGGCCAGGCCUCACUAUGUGUUUGUGUGUGUGUAUGUGUGUGAGCAAGGGAGACAACCCUUUAAACAGAGAAAAAUAUGAUUUACUGUGAAUGACACUAAGGCCUAAAGGGAGUGCUGUUUUUUUGCUAAAUUACUUGUCGCUGUCUUGUUCCACUGUCUGUGUCAGCUCCUGAUUAUUACUACUGUAAACACACGUGUGGUUGCGAGCGAAUAGGCAUACAUGCACAUAGCCUCGUCUCUGAUCAAUGUAAAGACCUAAAGGUCAGUCGAAAACACACUUCAGACAUUUACCUGUGCUCCAGAGGCACUCACACUCACAUACACAUUAAGUUCAUCCACGCACACACAUGCGUGCACACAUACACACACACACGUUGCAUCCACCUGCGGCCUCAGCGAUGGCGGAAACACCUCCAAAUGAAGACAGACAGGAGCUCGAGUGCUGCCGUGGAUGGAGUGGUGCUUUAAAUGAGUGUACGCCUCACAGCCGGCCUGAUUGAUGUCUGCUGAAAGAGAGGCAAUAGGGAGAGGAGAGGAAGAAGAACAGAGGGAGAGGAGGGAAUUGCGGGUAGCUUUGAUCACUACCGGCUGCUUCUCAGAAAAUGUCAGGCGGCUCGCAAAAUGGCUGAAGACAGAUUAUUAUUUGUGCUGCCCUGCUGUGAUUACUUAAGAGACACACAGUUCCAACCUUUAAAAGGACUUUAUAAACAUCUAAUAUUAACUCUAUGGCUGUAGCAGCGUCGUCCUCAAUCAGUCGGGCGCCUACUAGCCACAGACAGAUCUGUCCGUCCAGUCCAGUGGGCUCUUCGUGUGUUUGUGUUGCUAUCUGCCAGUUAAAUGUCAGAGGGAAAGCUGCUAAUUGGUCUGACAUUUCAGCAGAGCGUCAUUAGAGAAGAGCAGCGAGAGCAGAAGGAUGGAGGAUGUCAAACCUCCCGCUCGGCACUGACAUUUUCUCACUUCCCGCUCCUGCCCUGUGUUUUUUUUUUUUUUUUUUUUUUUCCGCAGGGAUGGGGUGGUGAGGAGUAGGGAGGGCAGAGAGAGGGUUAGGUGAGGGGAGACAGGGGUACAAGAGCAGCUCCACGCCAGUCAGCUCUCAGCAGGCACCGGCCGUAAUCCUGGAGCAAAGGGCGUUUAAAGCGCUGAGCUGAAGCCAAGCCGCGCUGCCAGCACGCCACGUUUGGAUCGGGCCGCGCUACAUCUAAAAAGCCCCCCACCCUCUUCCUCUUCCCUCCCCUCGUGUCGUGUUUGUGGUCGAUAACAAAUGUCCGUCUGUGUGUGAGUGCAUGUGUGUGCAAAUAUGUGUGUUACGCUCCCAUCAUGAAAAAAAAAGAGAGAAAAAAAACAACAACACACCAUCUGGUAUGUGAUCAUGUACGAAAGCGUGUUAGUCCUCUUUGAAUUUGGCUAGUCAUUUCAGGGUCGAUCGUAUAGUGAUCUCUUGGCUUGUCGGCGGAGAAAACUGUAAACUGAAUUAUUAUUAAGACAAAAUAUCUCAAAAGCUCAGUGUUUGCUGGUUUCAAGAGAAUAAUUUUGUGAUAUAGUUUAGACUGGUAGUUUGCAGACACUAACUGGGUGAACUGAUUAUGUUGUAUUAUAUCUGCAUGUGAUACGUGAUUGGUAGCUAGCUACUGUAUAUCUUUUUUCAAGAAAAGCAAGAAAAAAUAUGGGGAAAAAACAAAAAUGCAAAUGCUUUUCUUUUCUUGGUCUUUUUUUUCUUUUUUUGGGUUCUGUACUGUAUGUAUUUUUUUUUUCUUUCUAAGCGUCCUAAAAAUGUCACAUUGUGUUAUAUGAAUGUUUGUGUUUUAAUUUAUUUGUGGUUUGCCAAAAUGAAGAUUUGAAGCAUGUUGCAGGUAUUGUCACAAGAAAACGAGAAGAAAAAAAAAAUCUUACUAAGAAUGAUAGCCUACGUAUUUGUGUGAUGGGGAAAGGUGUGUUUAUUUGGGGGGAUUUCAGGGAGUUAAGAAGGACAAAAGGUUUCAAAGCCUCAAGAUUAUGAAAGGAGUAUUUCCUUCAUUGGGAGUGCAUCAAAAUGGAAUAAAGAAAAUUCCUACGCUCCCCUGAAUACUUCCUAGUCCCCUCCAUGAUGUCACUACUGUCCCUUCCCCAUUGGUCCUGCUCUAGACAGUGAUUUGGCUUGUGGGUAAUGCAGUCAACACAAAGAUCUGGACUUAAAGUUCCCCUCAGUCACAGAUCUGGGAUCAGUGCGACCUCCCUGUGCUUCAAAUCUAACUCGUCAAGGGAAUCUGACCUGUGAUCAGUAACUCUGGGCAACUUCGUCCCACUCCUGACUCGAGUGUUUGGUCGAGACCGAGGUCUUAAAAUUUCAAAAGGUGAAAGGUCGUUGCAAGACCAAACAGGAAUGUGCAAUAAAAGUUACAGCUUAUUCAAA